AUGGGUUCGCCGAUUUCGGGGUUCAUCGCCGAAGCCGUUCUGCGACAGUUAGAAUCGCUGGUCUUCCAACACCAAAAAGCGAAGUUCGCGGUCCGGUAUGUGGAUUAUACCUUCGUCAUUAUCGACCGGGAUCAACUGCUGACAUUCCAAGAACAUCUCAACGCCGUCUUCCCGGACAUUCAAUUUACGAUGGAGGUGGAAGAAAACAACCAGCUGGCAUUCCUGGAUGUCCUCGUAUGCCGCAAGGAUUGCGGUGGACUAAAGACCAAAAGUGUUCAGCAAAGCGACAAAUACGAUGCAAGUACUGCACUUCAACAGUAA